AUGUUUCAAUCCUUUCUCCACAGCCACAGGGAUUUAAAACCAGAAAACCUGCUGCUAGAUGAAAAGAACAACAUCCGGAUAGCAGACUUUGGAAUGGCGUCACUGCAGGUCGGGGACAGCUUGUUAGAAACCAGCUGUGGGUCACCUCAUUAUGCCUGCCCUGAAGUGAUCCGGGGAGAAAAAUACGAUGGGAGGAAAGCGGACGUCUGGAGCUGUGGAGUCAUUUUAUUUGCGUUGUUAGUGGGUGCCCUGCCAUUUGACGAUGACAACUUGCGGCAGCUGUUAGAGAAGGUGAAACGGGGUGUUUUCCACAUGCCACAUUUCAUCCCUCCAGACUGUCAGAACCUCUUGCGGGGGAUGAUUGAAGUGGAUGCCUCGAAACGCCUCACGCUAGAACACAUUCAGAAACACAUAUGGUAUAUAGGUGGUAAGAAUGAACCAGAACCAGAGCAACCCAUUCCUCGAAAGGUGCAGAUUCGUUCUCUCCCUUCCCUGGAGGACAUUGAUCCAGACGUGUUAGACAGCAUGCACUCGUUAGGCUGCUUCCGCGACCGAAAUAAACUCUUACAGGAUCUGUUGUCGGAAGAAGAAAACCAAGAAAAAAUGAUUUAUUUUCUUCUUCUUGAUCGGAAAGAGAGGUAUCCCAGCCAUGAGGAUGAGGACCUGCCCCCUCGGAAUGAAAUAGGUAUAUCAAACAUAAUCGCCAUCACCAUUUCAGUCUGUCCCUACUUUCCUUUUGUUGGCAUUCUCCCUGAGAUGGAAGUGCUCAGCGUGACAGAUGGCGGUUCCCCGGUCCCAGCUCGCAGAGCUAUUGAAAUGGCACAGCAUGGACAGAGGUCUCGGUCGAUCAGCGGAGCUUCAUCUGGUCUCUCCACCAGCCCCCUCAGCAGUCCAAGGCCUAUCAGAAAGUUUUUCAUCCCCCCUCAGACUCCUGACCUCCCUUUCUCCCCCCGACCCCAAGUCUCCUUGGACCCUGAUGCUUGUAGGAAUGCCUCCAGGCCUGGACAUGUUCUCCAACCAAAGCCAACACUUCAGUCCAACCCAAAGACGCAGACUUUGCCAUCCAAGAACAAAUUGGCCGAAAAACCGCUCCAGUCUACCAAAUCCAACCCGCUCCCUGCCAGCAAUGCCAGCGCUCCCUCUUCCCAGAAUCCCCCUGUGCAGAAUGCCCAGGGCCGCCCACCCACUGCCGGCUUUAGCCCUCAGCUGGCCAUUCCUACAGUGCAGGCCAACCCUAUGUCUCCUGUUAGAUUACUCCCUUCUAGUACUGACCCAAGCACCAAAUCUAUCCCCAUCAUACAGGUCACCCCUCACCCCUCUCCAAGGGGAAGUCCCCUCCCUACCCCCAAGGGGACACCCGUCCAUACGCCAAAGGAGAGCCCUGCAGGCACACCCAAUCCAACGCCACCAUCCAGCCCCAGCAUUGGAGGAAUGCCCUGGAGAACACGGCUCAACUCAAUCAAGAACAGCUUCCUGGGGUCUCCUCGGUUCCAUCGCCGGAAAUUGCAAGUACCUACACCAGAGGAGAUGUCCAAUUUAACCCCGGAAUCUUCCCCAGAACUUGCCAAAAAAUCCUGGUUUGGUAACUUCAUCAACCUAGAGAAAGAAGAACAGAUCUUUGUGGUCAUAAAAGAUAAACCACUAAGCUCCAUCAAGGCUGACAUUGUGCACGCAUUCCUGUCGAUUCCCAGCCUCAGUCACAGCGUCAUCUCACAGACAAGUUUCCGCGCAGAGUACAAGUCCACGGGGGGUCCUGCUGUCUUCCAGAAGCCAGUGAAGUUCCAGGUGGACAUAACGUACACAGAAGGGGGUGAGGCACAGAAGGAGAAUGGGAUCUACUCAGUCACUUUCACGCUCUUAUCAGGUCCCAGCCGUCGCUUCAAGAGGGUAGUAGAAACUAUUCAGGCACAGUUGUUAAGCACACAUGACCAGCCUUCAGUGCAGCAGUUAUCAGGCAGCCCAUUGAGUAACUUCUUUGACGUAAUUAAACAACUUUUUUCAGACGAGAAGAACGGGCAGGAAUUAUCCCGAAAAGUUAACAUGUCAGCCACGACUUCACCUUCUGUGCUCUGCGGACACUUGUUGACGGAAGGAAACCGAUGUAGACUGUCCAAGGACCAGUCCUGUUUGAGGUUCCCAGCCUCUCCCCUCUUCCCCCAGGAAAUGGGUUUCUCCCCCGCCUCCUCCCAAACACCUUCCCAACACACACUUUUUCUUUUUUUCUUUUUGGUGCUCCAUGAGGGAGAUCGGCUCAGUAAUGGGAUUGUACAGUCUGGGCUGGAAGCAGGUUGCAAUUGUUGGAGCGACACCAUUGUCCUUGACAACAUUCAUCUGUGCAGGUGAACUCAGACUGGCAGGGGGAGGGGGAGAAGAAACAAGGGGAAGUGUUACCACGAAACCAGGGAGCAGUCUCAACCAAAACUACCAAGGAGUGAGUAAAAACAAAGCAUCGAACCAAGACAAUAUCGGGGAGCUUCACUGUGGGAUUUUCUCAAACUCCUUUUUUUCCUGUCCCCACUUUUUCCUUUCAUUUAAAUUGUGUUUGUUUUUUAUACUCUUAUCAUUUUGCUUUUCGACCUGCUGGAGGGGGAGGGGAUACUUCUGUGAGGCGGGGAGGGGGGAAUGAACAAAUAGAAAAACAAACAAACAUUCAAGCUUAGGGAAAAGGCAACAUAUGGCAGCAAAAGAGGAGAGAAAGGAUUCUGCCUAGCCGAGAACAGUCUCUCUUGCCACCAAUUGCCGUUGCUGCUGCUGCUGCUGCUGCUGCUGCUCCUUCUUCACCUGCCUCCCCACUCUUCAGCUCCCUCCAACCACGCUGCCAUGUUGGGACCUUCUUCCACCAGCAGGCUCCUCCACCACACCGUGCAUUUGGAUACAAUUGUCGUGUCGCUAGUGCUGCAUCAAUAUCAGUAUUAUUAUUUAUUUGCUGGUUUUAAUUUAUUUAUUUGAUUUAUUGGGUUUUUUAACAAACAGAAGAAGAAGAAAAGAGGAUAAUUUUGGAGGGUUUUUUUCCCCAUGUGUGUGCAUGUGCAUACCACUGGCACUUCGUUCGUCUGAGACGAGGGGUCGAUGCUAUGGGCAAGUUAAUCACAAAGCUACUGUAAACUUUAAAAAUUACUGCAAGAUAUUUUUAUAAAGCUUUUUUUUUUUAAAGGGGACUGGAGAGGGUGGGAGUGAGGGUGAGGACUGUUUUUGUGUUUAAGUUAUUAUUAGUCUUGGUUAUUUAUAUAUACAUAUAUAUUUAAAAAAUAAGCUGUUAGAUAUAUCUUCUGUUUUGUUUAAUUACUGUGUAGAGGCGACACUGAAUCCUAUUUAUUUUGGGGAGAGGGGGGAAAAAAGGUACAAAAAACCCCUUAAAUGUUCCUCUUGCAAACUUGACUUUUGUUGGGGGGGAGGGGUCUUUCUUUUCCCCCUGAGAGCUACAUGACCAAGUGUAAUUUAUUCAGGCCCAAGUUCAGAGGUUAAAACAAACACAGUUGUACACAUCAACGAUAAAAACACAAUGAGAAAUCCUUCUUUACUGAGGUUUGAAGAACGUAGGGUUAGCAUUAGAGUGCAAGUCUCUGAUGACCUUCAAUUGCUGUUUGUUGGGUUCCUAUGGGUGUAUGUUGUACCACAAGAAUUUUUGGUUUUUUAAAAUGAUAACAUUGGACAGUUUCCCUCUUUUUGUUGUUAUUGUUGUUGUUUACUUUGUUUUUCCCCCUUUGACCAGUUUCACUUGUACAUAGGUUUGAAGAUUUAAAAAAAAUAAGGCACAAUUGGGAUGGUGACCUUUAACUCUUGACCUUUCCUUGUCCCCCAAUGGAAGAGAUUUAUUUUAUUUAUUUUGGGGUUGUUUUUAUUUAUUAUUUUUUUUCCUAUUCUUAAAAUUGUAUUGCUGUGUGCAUGUCAGAUGCCGUGGGGGUGAUGGCUGGGAAUAGGGGGAGGCCAGGGUGCAGGAGGGGGGGCAGUUUUAAUUGCAUGACAUUGCUGUAAAUUAGUCUCUUUUGCUUUCGUUGUCGUUCCUGCCUUUGCCCUCUCUCUCUGCCUCUCCUCCAGGAUCUCCUGCAACCACCUCCAUCCUCUUUUCCCUCUUUUCUCUUCCCUUGUGUAUAGAUUUUGAUGCUUCUGUUACAUUGUACCUCUACAAAAGGCUGGGAUUUCGAUACAAAAUAAUAAUAAUAAUUUACAAAAAAAAAAACCUAUAUCAGCAAAAUCCAUGAAGUACAAGCAGGAAGGGGAUUACUUACACAAGAUAUAAGAAUAAACGAAAGCAAUACCUCUUGUUAGCCUUCCUAUUUUGUACUUUGAAGACACACAUGCGCGCACGCCCACACACACACACACACUCACAGACACAAACUGACAUUAUUUAACAGUUUAAAAUGGACAAAAAGAUCUGAUGUAUCCCUUGUUAAAUAACUGUGAGCAACUUUAGUUCAAAAACCAAUAAAUUCAUUCAGUAAAGACACUAGCUGUGGAGUGUCCUGUUUAUGUCUACGGUGGAGAAUCCAUCCCCAUGCCUGCCUGCGCCAGGCUCAGGUAAGGACUGUACAGAGGCCUUUUAAAUCUAGACAGAGAAGUGCGGUUUGCACUUAUCCAAGCUUCCUCCUAAUCAUGAAAUUAUGUUAAUUAACAUAGGUGUGUUAUAACUUCAUGAUUUAUGUUUGGCCUGACCAACCAAAGUCCUGCACCCACCCAGCAGAGCAAGGACAAACAGCCAGAGUAAUUAAACCGUAUGGAUCUGGUUCUUAUAUUAAUACACUUGCGAAAGAUGACUCUGAAUUAGAGAGCAGCACAAACCAAAGCCCCAGACCUGAACAGCCCCAUACCUUGGGAAUCUGAGCUAUCUAUAGCUAAUCUGAGCCAUCUCUAUCAACAUUGGAGUCAAGAGAAGAGUAACCAUUUUUUUCUGUUUUCCCUCUGAAGCACUGUCCUUGUCAAGUGUAUUUCGAGAGACUUCUGAGGUAUGGCCUUGGGUUGGGAUUUUAUUGGUAGGAAUUUUUUCCCGCUUGAAAAUGCUCACUUUAUAACGUUCCGAAAUUAGCCUGUAUUCUGGAUUAAUCAUUUCUUUCAGGUCAUUUGAGAGACGAGCAAUCUGUUCUGGGCCGGUACCAUCCUGGCUCCUUUUCAGCCAAUAAGAUUCUUUCCGGUGUUAAAUCCUUCCAUUGGGGUACACUGCAGUUGUUUUCAUGGAGUCGGGAGAGUGAGGACUUGACAGAAGCCGUGUGGGGUACAGAUCAGGGAUGUAAUAUCCUGUUUAAUCAGACAGUUACAUUGUAUGUUGAACCGGUUAACUGUUUAAAGCGCGGCGGAUGGAGGAGCCACUCCAGCCAGGCCAGGCUAGAGCACCCCCUGCCCACAGCCAGGCAUGGUGUAGCAGGCCCAGCCCCCUGCCACGAGCAGGGGAUGCUUCAGUCCAGCCGGACCCACCAUAGGCCCAGUCAAGCUGGAGCAUCCCCCACCCACAGCGGAGCAAGCUGCUCCGGC